AUGCAAGCCUUUCUAAAGAGUUCGGAGGGAUGUUUUCAGCUGAAACCGCACACGACGACAAUAGGCAGGCACGAAGGGUCCGACAUCGUCCUGCAGUCCGCAGGUGUAGCAGAUCAUCACGCAGCCCUCGAAUUCGCCGCCUCAGACAACAGCUUCGUCCUUCAGGACUUCAACUCCCCCCACGGCACUUUCGUCAACGGCUGCCAGGUCCAAAACGCGGCCGUGAAAGUGAGUCCAGGGGAUAUUCUGCGCUUCGGCUCAGGGGGAGCAUCCUUCCAGCUGGUGGUGGGCGCUGCUGCCCAGAUGUCCUAUCCCCCCGUGAAACGUCGCACAGCGUGGACCGGGCAGCUCCAGUUGGUCGCAGAGCCCAAACCUUCGGCUCCUGCAUCUCCUCCCCACCUCCCCUUGCUGCAGUGGCAGCAUCCCCCCGGAUCUCCCGACAGCUGGGCUCCUGGAGCAGCCGGCCACGUGCCCCAUCCGCCGCUGCGGAAGCGACCCGUGAGUGCCUGGGCUAGGAGCAUGGCCACCGCCGUCCUGCCGGACGCUUUCAGCAGGACCUCCGCAGUGAGGCCAGUCUCGACCAGCGUCUCGGGCGAUGGUGCGAGCGGUGUGGGGGGAGCCCCUUCCCUGGGGACUCAUGACGCGGAUUCCUUCCCGCAGGAGAAGGUGAUGCUGGGGAAGGGUGAAAAGCUGCCUCGACUGGAGAAGGAAAUCGGUCGCCUUUCUGGUUUGGAAACAGAAUCAAAGCAGAAAGAUGCAGUGAUAAGAGAUCUGCAGGAUGAGAUUGCAGCGAUGGCAAAGACCCUGGCUCAGGCGGCGGCGAGGAACGAGGUAGAGCUGACCCAGAAGCUGCUCACGUUCGACCGAGAGCUGGGAGCCAAAACGGAGGAGAUCAAAGCCUUGAGGGAACAGAUCAGCAACCUACAGAAAGGCUCGAGCCAGGUUUUCAGCCAUUCCCUCUACGAAAGAGACCUGGAGAUUGGAAGGCUGCGAAAAGAAAGCAAGAAGUUGAAGAGGGACCAUGCUUUGGCUGCAGGUCUAGUGACCAGCCUGCAAAGGGAGAUUGCCGGCAAGGAGCAGAAAAUGCAGCAACUCAAGCAAGAUGUUGAAAAAAUAAAGAAGGAAAGCAGAGAAAAGGACAAUCAGCUAGCAGUCGUGUCUGCCAAGUGCUCUAGAAUUAAAGAAGAAAUGAAGCAUGAACUUGGAGAGCGAGAAGUAAUUGCGUGCCGAAAUCGCAUCGGGGAGCUGGAACGCGACCUGGAGGGGCUGCAGGGGGAAAUCCAGAAGUAUUGCGCCGAGCAGGAGAGCAUCCAAAACCAGCUGGCCGAGAAAGCCAAGGCUGAGGAGGAGCUGAAAGAAGCCUGUGCCAGGCAAGCUCUGCAGCUGCAGGAGAUGGGGCGCAGGGAGCGCCUGCUGACAGCCGACGUGGGGCGGGCCAAGGAGCAGCUGGAGUCCUUCAAAACCCAAGUGAUGCGAGUCUGUUCUCCCGCAGCGGCAGGCGUUGCAGGGAAAGCCGUAACGGAGCAGCAGGUGAUAGAGAAGGUCAGGCAGAUCUCUGACGAGAACCAACAAAGUCAUGAGAGAGAGAAGCAUCUGCAGGAGGAAUUAAGCUCCAGGCUCUCGAAGGAAAAGGAGGUGUCUGCAAACGUUGAGGUGUUCAAGAAAUCCCUGCAGGAGCUCCAGGCUUGCCUGAGGAGCUCCUGCAGCAGCGACAACCUGCGAGGGGAGCUGAGGAGGCUGGAGGCAGUGUCCCUGGACCCCUCCGUCUCGGUCAUCGGGGCGGCGGUGGUGGAAAUGGCGCGUGUCCCCCUGUCCUGGCUGGAGGGUGUGGAGCGGCUCCUGGCCAACGUGGGGAUGGACGUGCGCGCCUCCGGCAAAGGGUUGUUGGCUGCUCUCGGGAGAUUGUUGGAAAACAGUCAGGAAACUGCACAGAAGAAUCGGAUGUUACAGGCCCAAUUAGAGAGGGCCCGGGAGUCGCAGGCAGCUUUGCUGCAGGAGCACGUGAAGGAGCUGGAAGCAAAAUACGAGCAAGACCUACAGAUAAAAAUCAAGCAAAUUAUAUUGGAAAAGGACAAGGAGAACAAAGAGAUUCUGGAGAGCGCUGUCGCCAAGGAGAGGGACAAGUGCAAGCAAUCCGUGGAAGAAGAAGAAAAGAAGAUCCGAGACCUGGAGAGCCACCUGAGAAGCGUGACUGAGGCAAUAGCAAGGAAGUCGGAGGAGCAGGAGGUUACAGACUGCAAACUGAGAGAAGCUGUGCACAAGCUGGAGGAAGCCGCGACGCGAGAGAUGGCGUUACAGCAGCAGGUACUCAUGCGAGACGAGCAGCUCAAGACCGUUCAGGAGGAGAAUGAGUUACAGAGGCAGAAACUGCAGGAAGAAAUAGUGGAAUAUAAAGAGCAAAGCAAGCAGCAUUCUCUGACAAUUGUGGCUUUAGAGGACAGGUUGCUGGAGGCCAAGCAGCAGCAGAAGACACUGGAGGAGGAAAAUGCAGCGCUCGUGGAAAAAAUGGAAGGGUUUCGGGGUGAUGCCCGCAAGUCGACAUCGGGAGCUUGGCUGGAGGUUUCUCCUGCCACGGACUCGCACAGUUGUCUGAGGGAGGAGCUGGCGGCGGCGCAGAGCGUGCUCCUGUCCAAGGAGGCCGUCAUCGCCAGACUAACCAAGGAGCUCGCGGAAACCAGAGCCAGGAUGUCGGACAUGAGAGGGGAGCUGAGCGAGGAGCAGAAGGUGGAACUGGAGCGGAACCUGCGCCGGGUGAAAUGCCAAGAGCGGGAACUGAACCUGCUCAGAGAGAAGCUAUCCCAGAUGUCCAGCCUCGCGGAGAAGAAGGAUCAAGCCCUGAAAGCAGCAGCUCAAGAGUUAAGGCAAGCCCAAGCCGACUGUCAGGCGCUGAAGGAUGCCUCCCGAGAAACGGCGGAAAAGCCGGAGGAUGCUCCUGGGACGCCAGUGCAGGCGGGUGAAGCCUCCGAGAGGGAGCCGGCGUUGGACUUGGCCGACCUCGGCGCAAAAUGCCGAGGCCUCAGGCACGAGGAAACGAUUCAGCGCCAAAAAGAAGGCUUGGCCGAGCUCCGGGAGAGAAUAAAGAUGCUGGAGAAGAGGCAGUCCUCAGCUGUCGUGAACAAGGGUUCGGAGCCGCUGGUGGUCCUGAUGAAAGACUUACCAGAGAAAAUAGUCCAGAAAACAGGUCUUGAGAAGGAACCUGCACCCGUGUCGGGAACAAAACUGAAGGCCGGCAAGGUUCCUGGCCACGUUCCUAACGGGGGCUCGCAUGGGGCCGCUGAUGGGGCAGCGAGCUCGGAGAUGGCUGAUGCGAUGGACCUCGGCGAGAAGAUGUACCUUGACGUAAUUGGUGCUCUGGGAAGCCUGAUGAAGAUGAAGGAGCUGUCAGGAAUGCAGUCUCUGAAGCACCUUCCUCAGGAAGAGAGGGAAAAAGCGGGACUGCAGAGACGGAAGGACCUGGAGCUGCUGUACAAUAAGAUCAGGAACCUCAAGAGUCGCCUGGAAAGAAAAGAAGAAAUGCUGAAAGAUUACGAGGCCAGCGUGGAGCAGCUCAGCCUGAACCAAGAAUCCCUGCGAAGGUGCCAGGAGGAGAUGUCCAAGCUAGAAGAUGAAGCCUACAGGGAGGCAGAAGAGAAGGCUCUGCUGAAAGAGGCUCUGGAGAGGACGCAGCACCAGCUGAGCCAGGAGAAGAGGCUGCUGCGAGCGGCCAAACUGCACAAGCCUGGAGCCAAGAAGCCUUUCUGCUCGGGAAAGCUGAAGGCCAAAGAGCGCAUGGCAGAAGCCGUCAAGACGGGAAGCACAUAG